AUGUCAUCUCAUCUUCCACAUCAUAUAAUGAGACGAUCAUCAUUUGAUGUUGUUCAAAAUCGAUAUACACCAUAUCCUUCUUCAACUUCUCAUGUUUAUGCUAAUCAACGUUUAUUACCGUCUGUUGAUCAAAGACGUCAUUCAGAUUUAUCUGGAUUUACUUCCUCACGUGCUUCAGGACAAGUUCAUGAUCAUUCCUAUUUUAAUCAAUCUCAUAAUACUCACUAUUCACAUUAUGCUGAUAGAGCUUCAAGUACUUCAAAUUAUUCUAUUCAUGCUAAACGUAAGAGAGCCAAUGCAAAUCAAUUAAAAGUUCUUAAUGAUGUAUUUGCUAGGACAUUUUUUCCCUCCACUGAGUUACGUAUUCAAUUAGGAAAAGAGUUAGGGAUGGCACCACGUACUGUCCAAAUUUGGUUUCAAAAUAAAAGACAGAGCUGGCGUAGUAAAACACGAGGAACUUCAAAUUCUUCAAUUAAAGAUGAAGAUGACAGAACCUUGAAGAAGAACAAGAACGACGGUCAAUACCAGAUUCACCUCUAA